AGAACGGGAACGGGCGUUCGUUAGUGUUUGUUGCUACUGGGGAAUGUUUUCCGAGCGCACCGGAAACAGCGUGGGGGUUACUGAGCGUCAAGAUCUUCUGAACUUCUGUAUUACUCCUGUCACCUGUCAGCAAACGUCCUCGCACCAUCCUCAGGGUAGAGAAGAUGUUGAGAAACGCCUCUGCACAGGUUCUUAAACAGUUCGUCCGGCACGGGACUACAGAUACAAAUCUGAUCUUGGAGAGAUCUAUUAACCGGGUGCAGCUGCUUGGGCGAGUGGGACAGGACCCCGUCAUGAGGCAGGUGGAGGGCAGAAACCCCGUCACCAUCUUCUCCAUGGCAACAAACGAGAUGUGGCGGUCUGGGGAGGGAGAACCCACAAGUACAGGAGAUGUCAGCCAGAAAACAACAUGGCACAGAAUCUCAGUAUUCAAACCAGGCCUCAGAGACGUGGCGUAUCAGUAUGUAAAGAAAGGGUCUCGGAUUCUUGUGGAAGGAAAGCUUGACUAUGGAGAGUACAUGGAUAAAAACAACGUCAGGCGACAGGCAACAACUAUUAUCGCAGAUAAUAUUGUGUUUUUAAGUGAAAAUCUGCGAGACCAGUAAUGAAGACGCCUUCCCAGACUUUAGGAACCAAAAGAAGAUAUUUGAUAUAGUGUUACUCUGCUCACUGACAUUAAACUCUGCGUAUCAUUCUGUCCAGCCUUAACAGUCAUACAUGGACAUAAGAAGUGUUGUUGUUUGUAUGAUUGUGUCAUGCUGGCUUAUUUCCCACAGAGAGCGCUGACAGAUGCACUUUGACAUGUAAACACUUUCCAUGAACUGGAUUGGAUUCUUUGUGUGUGUGUGUGUG